AUGGCUGCGCUGCCGCCGCUACUGCUGCUCUUGGGGGCCCUGGCGGCCCUGCUGGCGGCGCCCUGCACUGCCCGGCCCGCAGCCGCCAACGCCAGCGCCGCCCCGUCGGGGGUGGAGGUGAGGCUGGGCGUGCUGCUGCCGGAGCGCAACCUGCACUACCCCUGGGCCUGGCCGCGCGUGGGCCCCGCCCUAAACCUGGCCCUGGAAGCGCUCCAGCCCCAGCUGCGCCAUGCCGGCCUCGCCCUCCGCACAGCCUUCGCCUCCACCGAGAAAGAGGGCGACAGCUUUUACUGCGACCCCGAUGCGGCCCUGUUCCAGGCCACGAAGCUGAAGCACUCCCACGACCCCGACGUGCUGCUCGGGCUGGGCUGCGCCCACACAAGCUACCGAGUGGCGCCCCUCGCCCAGCACUGGCGGCUGCCGCUCCUCCGAGCCGGCCUCUACCGGCGUCACGACGAUCUCAGCAGCAAGCCGGUGUACGCGGGCCCAGCGGAGCCCGACCCCCGCGCCUUCGGGGCCCAGCCCGACCCCCGCGCCUUCGGGGCCCAGCUCUUCCGGCACUUCAACUGGACCUUCCGCCCCAUCCUGGUCUACAGUCCCGAGAGCGACUGGAAAUACCAUGCCUCCUUGUUGCGCUUCGGACAGCACCUAGAGGACACCCCCGGGUACCUCGUCGGCCUUCUCCAAUACCAGCAGCCGGGCAGUGAGGCGGUCCGGAUCGUCCAGGCCACCGCGCGAGUGGUCUACAUCUUGGGGCCCCUGGAGAUGUUGCUGGAGUUCAUGCACCUGGCGCAGGCUCAGAACAUGACCAAUGGGGACUACGUCUUCUUCUACCUGGACAUUCUGGGGGAAAGCCUGAGAGCCGAGGGGCAUCGCGAGGCAGCCAAGCCCUGGCAGAGCAAGGAGAGCCCAGAUGCGGGAGACCUCCAAGAAGCCUUCCAGACGGUGCUGGUGAUCGCUUACCAUGGGCUCCAAACCCCCAAAUUUCAGCGUUUCCAGAGCCAGCUGAUCCUGCGUGCUCAGAGGGACUUUGGAGUGGCCCUGAAUGACUCGCUGGGGACCCUGGUGGCCGGCUGCUUCCACGACGUGCUGCUGCUGUAUCUCAGGGCGCUGAAUGAGACGCUGCAUGAAGGUGGAACCAAGCGGGAUACCAGCCGCAUCCUGGAAAAGAUGAGGGGCCUCAAAAUCCAGGGUGUCACUGGGACGGUGAGCAUUAACAGCGACAAUGACCGAGGGAUGGAUUUCGACCUCUGGGCCAUGAAGGAUGUGGAGAGUGGAGAAUACCAGGUGGUGGCUCACUACGUGGGAUCAGAGAAGCGGAUCAACUGGACGGGGCCCAUCCACUGGAAGAAGGGGGGCCCUCCUCUCGACAAUCCACCCUGUGUCUUCAACAUGGAUGACCCCUCCUGUGGCACAGGCGUUCCUUAUGCCAUCCCCAGGGCACCCUCCCACCCACACCCUGCAGCUGGAAGUGGGGGUUCCGGUCUGAGGGGUCGGUCACCCCUAAGUAGGGAUGUUCUUUGCAGUUCAUCUCAUGAGCUGCUUGCUGACUGGAGUAGGGAACCGAUUUAUGGCCAGUCAGUUCAGCCAUUCCGGAGAAUCUCAGGCCUGGCUGUACCAGGUAAGUUUUUGCAUAUUCAGACAGUAUAAUGCAGUCGGUGGUAUUUCAUGCCUCCCAGUGGGAGUCCUCCCUCCCCUCCCCCCGAACAUACCUGUUACCUCUGCUCACUACUCAGCAGCCAGUCAUAAAAAUAAACAUUGAGCAAAUGAAUGGGUCAAACAGUGGUUUUAAAUUGUGCUUUUCUAAAGGUCUUACUGGGUGGUGUUCAU